CCGGGGAAGCCGCCUCAGUCCUAUAAAGGGCGAGCGCGGUGGCGGGCGGCGCCGCUCGCUGCUGGGACCUCGCCAUGAGCGCUGGGCGCCGCCUCGCGCUACCCGCGCUGCUGCUGCCGCUCGCCUGCGCCGCGCUGGCCCCGCGCCCCCUUACAGAGAAGGAGCGCGCCUGCCUGCUGCCCCCCGAGGACGGGCCCUGCCGCGCCCUGGUGCCGCGCUGGUACUACGACCGCUACACGCAGAGUUGCCAGGAGUUCACCUACGGUGGCUGCCACGGCAACGCCAACAACUUCCUCACGCUCGACGACUGCGAGAAGAGCUGCUGGACCGUCAAGAAAGUGCCCAAAUUAUGCCGGAUGGAGGCUGAUGGAGGACCUUGCAGGAGUCAUCUAAAAAGAUAUGCCUUUAACUUGAGCUCGAUGAGGUGUGAGGAGUUCAUCUAUGGUGGCUGUUACGGAAAUGGCAAUAACUUCAGGGAUUUGCAGUCUUGCGUGGACCACUGUUUGCCAGAGAAAACUGGUCCCUUGUUGUGCUAUAGCCCGAAGGAUGAAGGAUUGUGUUCUUCUUCUGUCAGUCGCUAUUACUAUGAUGCCAAAACUAAAUCAUGUAAGGAGUUCAAGUAUACUGGCUGCGGUGGAAACGCCAAUAACUUUGUUACUGAAAUGGAUUGCAACAAUAUCUGCAGGAAAGCAGGAACGCAGAAAGCAAGAAUCAACAAGCCAACAAAUGUAUUCCGCAGAAAAAUGAUGAGAAAGCUGAUUAAAAAGCCUCAGAUAUAUAACCCAAAGUCUUAAAGCUGAUGUGCACUUGGGUGUUUUAAACACUUUGAUUUGGUUCCACUUAUUUCUUUUGUAAGAUAAUUUUCAUACAGUUUUAUACAUUGACACAGUUCUGUCUUUCAGAACUGAUUAUUUCCAGCUUACUUUAUGAAAAGAACUGCAUUUAAUAGAAGAGGAGUGAACCCAAGUUUGGUUCUUCUGUUCUGUUGUCUUUGCAGUAAUACUUUGACAAAGCCAAAGUAUUUAGAUUCCAUGUUUUUUUAUGGGGGAAUGUUACUACUACCUUGGGAGAAUAUUUCAGCUGUUAUGAAACAAUUUAGAUUUGAAAAAUCAAUCAUCUCUUAGUUUAACUAAGGACACUACAAAGCUAAAUCUCUAUGGGUUUUUUGGGCAUCCUCUGCUUGCUAAAGAAAAGGAAGCUUUCAAAAGUGUGUCCAGAGGUUUGUUGCUCUGCCAUUUUACAUACUUUGGCACUAUCAUUUAAGUAGACUGUCCUUAACACUUCUGUUCAUAGUCAAGGCUUUCAGAAGCCUUUGCAACAGUAAAAAAAGUAUAAACUUAGUUCUGGCCCUUCUCACAAGAAGAAAAAUGGGACUAAGGAUACUUUAAUAAACACUCUGACAAAGGCAAUGAAUAAGCUACUUGAGUAUUGAAAUGAAAAUGUAGACAUUACUUUUUCAUGACAUUUGAGAUUUCUGCUAAGUUACACUCCAGAUCCUUGUAUGGCAUAAAUCAGCAUAUUUUUAUUGAUUUUAAUGGAGUUACACUGAUUACAUCUGCUGAGGAUCUUGAUAUUUGUGUUUAUUUGUGCAGAAACUUCUGCAGAUCUCAUUUAAUCCCUCUUUAGAGGCACUGUUGUAUUUCUUAUGGUAGAUUAUGAUAGUAUUGCACCUUCUUUUGUUUUUAUGAUUUUGAGCCAUGUCUGAAUUUUAAUUAAUUUCACCUGUGAUAUUUUCUAAAUAUGAAUUCACAAGUAAUGUUAAUAAAAUGGUUUUGGGAAA